GAGAAUGUAAACACAACGUGGAAUGGGCCACUUUGAAGAGGAAAGAAAGUGAAAGAUUACUGCGGAUGAAAAUGGUUUAUCGCUACCAUCGCUACGGUCAAAUUGGUAUAAAUCAGAUGUGUUGACAGCCGAGUGCCCGCUUCUCAACGCAGAGAUGUUGACAGGAGCAAUGGCCGACGAAGAGAUUGAUAUUUAUGCAAACUUAGAUGAUUUUCGAUCUGAACGGAAUAUAAAAGAGUUGGAAUUAGAAAACUCGGAUUUGAAGAAAAGGGUUGAGGAGCUUGAAAUCGAAAAUACGUUACUCAAGACAGAAAACAAAAAGCUUUCCAAAAGGGAAGCUUCUCUGAAUAGAAAUAUUUCUGUUCUCUAUGCAACAGCUGUUGCCGAGCUUGAUUUUAAUAAAAACGAGCUUGCUAAUCUUACUAGGGAGAGAGAUUCAAUCUUGUUUAGAAGAGGUGAUUAUGUAAGAUUGAGCAGCAGUCAAACCCAAAACGAAGAUAUGUCUAGAUCCAGAUCGCAGCAAUCAAAGGUAGCAGAGGCAGCAUCCAUUACAGCUGACAAAAUAUCAACAGUCAUAAAGAUAAGUGAGAGACCUUCACAAAAACUUGAAGAAAAGAGGCCAUCGCGCUCAAGUGCACGUGUAAGGAGUAGGAAAACGUCAGGGAGUAACAAAUCACGUGCUUCAAAAAAUGAUUCUUCUGAAGUGCGUAAGAAACCUGCUGCCAGUGCUACUUCGGUACCUAAAGGUGAAAGGAGGAGAUCUACUAGGAUGGCUUCUAAGAGAAAGGAGAGUGAGAGUCAUUCCUCACCUAGACCAUGUGAGACUGCAAAUAAAUCGAAUAAAUCCGAACAGCCAGUGGAAAAACCUCAAGUGCUAGUGGCUCAUAGGGAUGCACCCAUUGCUGAAAGUGCUUCUAAAAAAGUUCAACAGUGCAGUCCUCCAGAAAAAGUGGAAAAUUUGGGAACGCGUGAAAGUGACAGAACUGCUGAACCGUCAACAGAAACUAAAUCUCAAGUGCUGGUACUUAACAAAUCUUGUGAUGUUGAUGUUUCUCCAAAUGACUCGAGAAAGAUACAGCCAUCUGAGAAUGUCGAGAACUUGGAGAAACAAGAAACUGUGGAGCGACAUUCUGACACUUCACUUGAAUCGCACGCUUCUUCAACAAAAGAAAACUCGAAUGAGUCAAGGAUUUUGAGAGCUGAGCGUAUCCACAAAGAAGUAGAAGGCAGUUCACCGAUUUCUCUCGCCAAGGAAAUAAAAAAGCUUUCACCAAGGGUAAACAGUAGUUAUUAUGAUUCAGAUGGUGACUCCCAGCACGGUGACCUUUUCAAAUCUUUUCUGGAGUCUGGAAAAGAAAGAAUGAACUUGCCUGACAAAAAGAAGAAAAAGAAAGCUGCUGUGCCAGUUUUGUCUCCCAAUGAGAAUCCUGUAACACCAGGAAAAUUUCUCCUAGACGGGCGUUUGUCUGAAAUGUUGUCAAAACCACAGCCUGAAGUUUUUAGCAGCACAGAAAAGUCUCUUUCCCCUGAGUUUGCUGGUCCCCCUCAAACGCCGGGCAAGCACUUGCCGAACCAAAUUUUUCCACAGAUUGAAAUCUCGCCUGUUACUAGUGCUACCAGUGAUGACAGUGCGCGGAAAGAGCUGAAUGAAGCCGUCAACAGUAUUAUGCCCACCCCUCUAAAGAAUAUAGUGCCAAAUCUACUAAGCCCUUUGCAUGCAACUCCAGUCUGCACAGGCCCUCCUCAAGAAAACGUUACACCAGAAUCGCCAAGUGCCACAACCACGUUUGCACUUACAAAGCCACAGUCACCAAACCAUUCAUUCAAUUCCUCAAUUACCUCUGCCAAUUCAACUCGGCUCAUGAUUGAUAUGUCUCGCUUGAGUGCCGCGAGUGAAACGCCUAAAGCAGUGACUCCAGCUUCCAGAUUUCCUUUCAAAAGGAAAAGGGUACUGAAGAUAAAGUGUGGAUCAGCUGGAACCACAAGUACUGAAGAGAAUAAUGAUACAAGUGUAGAUGAGCCACCUAAGAAAAUGGUUUGCGUCCCUCUUCAAGCAGCCUUGGAAAAUCACCUGUCUUCAAUUAUCUCACCAGUCAAAAUGCCCAAUUCACCUGAGCAAAAAUCGAAUGAAGUGCCUAAAUCCAAGAAACUAACCCCUCCAAGAUUGAAAAAGAAAACAGCUAAACCUAAAGAAAGGGAGUUGGUUCCUUCAAUGUCAAAUAUGUCGCCUGUAAUAAGUAUGGCAACUCCUAAGCACCAAAUAGAGUUUGCACCUGCUUCACUCCCAAGCACUGGGCGGAAAUCCAAUGACAGCGGCACCUCUCAGGACUUCCACCUCCACUACACCUCUGGAUCGGAAAUGUCCAGAUCACCUUCGCCGUUUGUUUCUUAUCAGCCAUCCAUGACCACUUCCACUCCCAAUGCAAUGAAACCUCAUCUAGAAAAGUUGUCUGUAUCGUUGAAAUGUCUUACACCAAGCUCAAAAAUGAAGAAGCUUAACUUCAUCAUGUCCGAAAUGUUUGGCGACUCACCAUGCAAAGAACGCGACGACCAGUUAGACAUAGACGUGUCAGAGGAAAUGCGGAAAGACCUGGGAGUUUAUUCGCCCGUUAUGAAACAGGAAAAGCAGACUCAAUUGGGGGUUAAAGCGAAACCCGAGCAGGAGAGACCUAGCAGCAGCUCGAAGAAGGGGCGUAAAUCGCCUGAAAGGCACCUCAAAGUAUUAAAUGUUGACCAUAGGAAAUCUCCAGAAACUUUGAGAAUGGCGUCACCUGAAAGAAUCAGGAGGCGAACUCCUGAAGACCGAAGGAGGCCUCUCGAAAGGGACAGGAGAAGAUCACCUGAGAGGGAGCGAAGGAGGUCUGUGGAGAGGGAAUCAAGGAGGGAGCGGGAAAGAAAGUGGGAACUUGAAGACCGUGAGCGACGCAGGUCCCCCAACGACAGUGAAAGAAGGAAAUAUUUUGAAGAUAGAGCAAGAUCACCUGAAUAUAGGGACAGGAGAAGACUACCUGAUGACAGAGACUACAGACAAAGGAGAAGGAGUCGUUCUCCAGAGCUAGCAGGAUAUUUUUCAUCUAGUCGAAGGUCUCCAGGACCUUACUACAGAAAGACUUCUCCAAAUCAAAGGUCUAUUUCGCCUUAUGAAAGCAGGAGGCAUCAGGAAUAUGCAAGCUCUCAUCAACCAAGGGAGGAAAAUCGGAGGUACAUCAAAGACUCUCGGUCGCCGUCGCCAAGGGCUGCAGGUAGCUCUUGGAAAUUCAGUGAAAGGAGACCUGAAGAAAAAUACAGACGCAGAGAUUUUUCUCCUGGAAGACCAUGUCGCACCGAUAAUUUAGAAACCAGGUCUCAAAUGUUGCCUAAUCCUGAUGGGAGAAAUCAGAAGUCCCAGAUUCAAAGUGGAUAUCGAGAAAUCCGAUUGGAACAUAAUACAAGCAGGGAUUCAUUGGACAGUCGAGGGGCAGUUGCUAAUUCAAGACUUGAAUUACACUCUGAAAAGAGAAGAGCUGCUGGACAUUCAAACAGAACUGACGCUAGUAUAGAUCAUGAAGAUGGAGAAGUUUGUUCUGAUUGACAAUUUUAAAAUUAAACCUUGCGGCAGAAACGUAUCAAGAA